AUGUUUUAUCCUUUAAGGCUAUUUCGAGCUUUGGGUUUUGGUAAUAGAUACGUUUCCUUUCUUGGGUCUUUUAAUAAUCCUUUAAUUAAAAGAGCUAAAAGAGUUGGAAGAGGGCCAUCUUCUGGGAAAGGGAAAACAUGUGGAAGGGGUCAUAAGGGUCAAAAGGCUAGAAGUGGAAACAAUAGAGUUAAACCUGGUUUUGAAGGCGGUCAAACACCUAUUACCAGAUUAUAUCCUAAACGUGGAUUUGUGAAUAUGGAUUCAAAAAAAUUUUCUCCAUUAAACCUUCAACGUCUCCAAGUUUGGAUUGAUAAUGGAAGAAUAGAUGUAACGAAACCAAUUACCAUAAAACAUCUUUAUGAUUCUAAUAUUAUUCAUGGAAUAAAAUCUGGAGUAAAAUUACUGGCUAAUGGCAAAGAAUUUUUUAAUACACCUAUAGAAAUAUAUGUCUCAAAGGCUUCUAGAGAAGCUAUUAAAAGAAUUGAAGCGGUUGGAGGGAAAGUUACCUGUGUAUACUACAACUAUUUAGGGUUGAGAGCACAUCUUCACCCAGAAACUUUUAAAAUUAUUCCUAAACAGGCUCUACCAAUAAAUAAAUCUAACAUUCAAUAUUAUAGUAAUAAGGUGAAUUGUGGAUAUUUAGCAUCCACUUAA